GGCGGAGCGAGCGAGCGAGCGAGCGCGACGACAGAAUAAGAGAAGAAGACCCGCAGCGUUUUCAAGCAUGCGACGCAUCAUGCUUCGACAUUUCUCCUAAUUCCCCCUCGCUCUGAGAAAAGUGCUGUAGGAAGAAGCGCUUAACAAUAAUAAUAUAUAUUAAUGGCUUCUGGAUUUGGCUUUCCCGCUCCGAGAAGGGAACGCGAUUACUCCUCCCACAAGGAAGCGCUUUUGAAAUAAGCAGUGGAGAGUGUAGUGAGAGAAAGGGAGAUGGAUACGAGAGUGAGAACUGCGUUGCGGAGCAUGAGAGCGGCCCCGGAGCACGAUAAAGAGAUGGAGAAGGAGAGGACGAGUGAGAUGCAGGGGAAUCGAUUUGCGGAUUCAGGAAACGGGCCCAACCGAAACCAAUCUAGAAGAGAGAAGAAGAUUGCUUUACAGCAAGAUGUUGAUAAGCUUAGGAAGAAGCUUCGGCAUGAAGAGAAUGUGCACCGAGCUUUGGAAAGGGCUUUCACUAGACCUCUUGGUGCUCUUCCUCGGCUUCCUCCUUAUCUCCCUUCUUAUACACUAGAGCUUCUGGCGGAAGUCGCUGUACUGGAAGAGGAAGUGGUUCGGCUCGAAGAGCAAGUUGUAAAUUUCCGGCAGGGCCUUUACCAAGAGGCAAUUUACAUCGCGUCAUCUAAGAAAACGAAAGAGGGUGCAUUGGAUUUGUGCAACAAUCGAUGCCCGCAACUGAAACCUUGCGCUCAAUUGCUCAAUUACGAUGGAACACCAAAUGGGGCUUCAUCUAAUCGGCUCGCCAAUGGCAAGCAAACACCGCGGAAGCAAAGUUUGUACUCGUCCUCUCAUGAUGAUCGACAGGGGAAAGAGAAUCAGCUAAGCACGAACCUGACUAGAAAUUGCAAGCAAUCGCCGACAAAGAAAGUGUCCAAAGUGAGGAUGGCUCGGCCAGAAUGUGCGGUAGCAGAUAAAAGAUGCAGUGAGAACAGCAAUCUCAACAAUUCAGAUGAAAAGCAAUCUGAUGAUUCGAGCGGCCCAAACAAAUUGUCCGAGGAAAUCUUAAGGUGCCUUAUCAGCAUUUUUGCGCAGAUGAGUUCCACAGAGAGCACGGAAGAGGAGAUGGGCACAUCUCCUUCGGUUUCUGGUUCCUGCGAGAGUUCCGAAAAUGUAGAUAUGCGAGACCCUUACGGUAUUUUGGAACUUGGAAGGAGAGAUAUUGGCCCCUACAAUCAUUUUCGAGUAAUUGAAGCAAGUUCGGUUAAUUCAAAUCUAGUCACAAGUUCUUCUAUGCUUCAUAGGAGGCUAAAAGCUUUACUUAAAAAGCUUGCAUCGGUGGAUCUAUUGGGGCUUACUCAUCAGCAGAAGCUGGCAUUUUGGAUCAACAUAUAUAAUUCAUGCAUGAUGAAUGCAUUUCUUGAUCAAGGGUUACCUGCUAGUCCUCAAAUGCUUGUUGCAUUGAUGCCGAAGGCUACAAUAAAUGUUGGUGGCCACUUGCUCAGUGCGAUGGCAAUUGAGCAUUUCAUUUUGAGGUCCCCGUAUCACUUAAAAAAUGCGUGCCCAAAAGGAAUGAAGAGUGAUGACAUGACAAUGCGAGGAAUACUUGGAUUGGAGUGGCCCGAACCCUUAGUUACAUUUGCGCUCUCAUGUGGAAGUUGGUCUUCUCCUGCUGUGAGAGUAUACACCGCAUUUCAAGUUGAAAAGCAGUUGGAAACAGCCAAGAGGGAAUACCUACAAGCCGCAGUGGCUACAUCAAUGCCAAACAAAUUGGCGAUUCCGAAGUUAUUAGAUUGGUAUCUACUCGAUUUCGCAAAGGAUUUAGAGUCACUAAUGGACUGGAUCUGUUUGCAAUUGCCGAGUGAACUAAGGGACAGUGCAGUAAAAUGCCUUGAGAUGAGUAGAAGAGGUGUGGUUCCACAUCCAAUACAAGUUCUGCCCUAUGAGUUCAGAUUCAGGUACAUUUUGGCCCCAUAGAAGCCGCUUUUUACUAAAAUAGUACUUUGUGGUCCAAAAGUGUUAAGGACUCUUGAGGUUUUUUGUAUACGUCUUUUUAAUAAAACAGAUUGAAAAUUUAUUACAGAUCAUUGGUUUUGUCGGAUUCCUGGAAUAGGUUGCUCGUUAGGUACCUCUAAUUACGCAUGCCCAUGUUAUGAAUGCGGCCUUUGUAAAGACUACAUAAAUAUUUAAAUGUGUACAAGUUGUUGUGGAAAGGAAUGGAAGUGAUUGGAUCUCAUUGUUCA